AUAAAUAUGAAGAUUGACAAGAAGGGGGAUAAAGAAGGCCUUCAGUCAGAUUACAAGGAUAGUUUGGUUUAUGCUUCUAUUAAAUGGAGGAAUAUUUGAGCGAUAAUAAUUGUAAUUCAUGCUAUAUUAUUAAUCAUCUCCUCAAGCAUUGAUAUUUAUUUCUCUAUUGGUCUUGUUCUGCCAUUUGUUAUGGCAGUAAAUACAUUGUCAUUAAUUCUUGACUUUGUUGGUAUGUACUUCUUGUUUGCAAGAGUGAAGACUGCUUUGUUAUUUUACACUCUUUGUAUUAUUUCCUUUGCUCUUAUGACAGCCAGUAUUGAAAUAAUCUAUGAAAUGAGAAACUUUGUAUUUGGGCAACAGAGAACGGUCUUCCUUCACGUUCUAGAUACAAUUUCCUUAUCAGAAUACAUUCUCUACUUUAUUGCAAAGUAUGCUAGGAUCAUUAACGCUCUGCUGGAUCUUAUUGCUGCAGCUACAACUUAUAUUUACAGGCAGGCCCUUGUGAAGCAAGCUCUUGGUCAAUUUGCUGGCUCUUUGGGACCUGUUAGAGAAAUAGAAAUUGAUGAUAUUAACAUCACAGAAAUAUAUGACAAGCCAUAAGUACUACCAACUUUCAAUAUAGAG